AUGCUUGCUUCAGCAUCCAGAACCGUAGCUAGCGCGGCUUUGCUCGCUUCCGCCCUGGCCUCCACCGCAGCAGCCGCCACUUGGACCCAGAGCGCCGUCGUCAAAGGAAAUGACUUCUUCAACGAUUUCGACUGGUUUACGGACAAGGACCCCACCAACGGUCUCGUCAACUAUCAGUCUCAGUCCAAUGCACGAGCUCAGAACCUCUCCUUUGUCGAUGCAGACGAUCACUUUGUCAUGGCUGUCUCUACUGUUCCUACCGCUUUGGAAGGUAGGAACAGCGUGAGGAUCACCUCCAAGCAGAGCUACUCGGACGGCGUCUACGUCCUUAACGUCACCCACGUCCCAAUUGGCUGUGCUACCUGGCCUGCCUUCUGGACCGUCACCGAGAACAUCAAUUCGUGGCCCAACGGAGGAGAGAUCGACAUCAUGGAGAACGCAAACGACGAGUAUCCAGCCAACCUCGUUUCGGUCCACACCAACACCUCGUGCACCAUUCCCACCACUAUCUCGGGUCAAUCGGGUACGGUGGCAUACAGCAACUGCUCCGCAUUCGCUCCUUCCAAUCCAGGAUGUCGUGUCGAGACCAACGGCACCUCCACCCCCACCUGGGGUCGUGCACUUAACCGCGCUGGAGGAGGCAUCAUCGCCAUGGAACGCUCCUUCGGCACCACCGGCAAAGGCGUUCGUGUCUGGUACUUCCCCAACAACAACCCUUCCGGCAUCCCUUCCGACCUCUCCGCUUCCAGUACAUCGCUCAACACAGACGCAUGGCCAACGCCAAACGCGUACCUUCCUAUCUCGUCUUGUCAUGCCGACUUUGAACCCCACAACAUCAUCUUCGACAUCACCCUGUGCGGUGACUGGGCCGGCAACACGUAUGCUCAGACUAGCUGCAGUGCUGGCCAGUAUCCCGCUUGCAGCGAUGCAGUGGCGUACGGCGGAAAGAGCUUCAACCAGUCGUAUUGGGAAGUCGAGUCGCUUCGUCUCUACACAAACGGCGGUGGUUCGGCAAAUGCUGCUGUCUCACCACAGGCUGCUACGAGCAGUCAGCAGACCACAGCGUCGUCCGCAGACUCGAUGCAAAAGCGCUCUUGGCUCGUUGCUGGCGCCGCUGCACUGGUCGGAUCAGUUGCGUUUGUCGCUGCGUUGUAA